GUAGUUUUCCUGGGGGAAGGAGCGGCGGAGGGUUGUGCUGGUGGCCGGAGGGGAGGCGGCCCAUUGACAGGCCGCGCGUCGAUGCCUCUCGCGGGGCCGACGAAAGGGCUGCAUGCCGCCGGCUGGGUGCGGGUUGCCUGGCGGUUGGGACCCAAAGCGGGCGGCGGGACUGCACGAGAUUCUCCCAGCAGCCGCCGCGAGGCACUCCCGACUGCGGUGAUGUGGCGCUGCCAGGAAGUCAGGGACAGAGUUCAAAACAUAAUAAAGAUUCUCUGAACCAUCCUCUACCUAGUAUCGUCGUCAGAGGAGGGCAAAACUGAAAUCGGGAGCGGAAAAAAAUGAGGCGUGCAGGUUUGGGGGAAGGAUACACUGGAGGUGGUUACAGUGUUCAUGAAGAAGAAAAUGAUAAAUUAGCUGAGGGCCUACGAGAAAAAGUGUCUGCUUUAAAAUCACUUUCCAUUGAUAUUGGAACUGAAGUGAAAUACCACAAUAAACUGCUGGAUGAUAUGGAUGCAGGAUUUGAAUCUACAGGUGGACUGUUGGGCGCAACGAUGGGUAGACUCAAGCAUCUGUCUCGUGGGAGUCAAACAAAAGUUUUAUGCUACAUGAUGCUUUUUGCAUUUUUUGUUUUCUUUGUACUUUAUUGGGUUAUUAAACUGAGGUGAAAUAAAUUUGUAUCUAGUUCUAACUUAUUGCAUAUUGCUAUACAGAAUCUCUUUUGUAAGAUAGUUGAAAUGUGAUUAAUGUCAAAGGCAAUUAUUUAACAUUACGCUCUAGUUACAGACUGCAGUUUCAUGUACCCUCAAUGUUUGCUCAUCAGAACUUCCCAUGUUUUCAAAAAUGAAAAAUGUUGGUGAUAGUCUUCCUCAGAGACAUUCCCAAAGGUUAUGGUGACUUUGUUUCUAGAAUGUUUCUUUGGGUUGAAAAGUAAUUGAUGAGUCCCUUAUAAGAUUGCAGAUUCUGUUAGAAUAAUAGGAUAGCUAUUCUGACAAUGAAAAUUAAUUUUCCUAUUUUUUCAUUCAGUGAGUGAAAUACUAAUUACAAUUAUUAAGGAAUAAAAUGAAAAAUAAAAAUCCUUUUUGAAACAUGUACCAUUGAUAACUCAGUUCCGUGCCUAAUUUCUACAGGUUGGAUGUAAAUAUUUUAUUGUGAUGCAAUAUAUUAAUGAACUUCACAAUAGUGUAGCAAGAAGUGAACUGUUUCUUUGAUGCUACAUGUCAUUUUCACACAAGCAUUGCCAAGUUUAUCUAGAAAUUGGAGUAAGAAGGAAAAUCAGGUGGUGCUAUGUUAUUCUGUGACAUUUCUGCACUUCAUCUUAUUGUUUUUCUUUUAAUAUUCUUGAAUACUAUUAAAUUACUCUGGUGUUUCAUAACAGCUGAUAAGUUAUUCGAAUAUUUCAGUAGACUUGUCUGUUCACCCAUUUCAUAAA